AUGUACACGGUGGUGAACGCCGCCCUGCUCACCACCACCGCCAACCCCCUGGUGCCCGCCUCCAGCCCGCUCCUCAUCGGGCUGGUCCUCGCGCUGCACUUCGUCAGCGUGGCCGCCAUGGCGUUCGCGUGCAGCUACCUGAUCAAGAACACACAAUACGCGGUGACGCUGUCGCUGUUCGCGUACACGGCGCUGUGGGUGCCGACGCAGAUACUGUCCAAGAGGGCGAUCCCUGCGGCGCUAAGGCCCCUCGUCGCCCUCCUGCCGCACGCGCCUCUCAACUUCUUUUGGGACGAGCUGGCCGCACUAGAGAAGUUCGGUCAGGGUCUGACGUUCGCCAACAUGGCGACUGCUCACAACGCGCACACCUACUCCGUGCUGCUGUGCUUCCUGGCGCUGAUGGUGCAGAGCGUCCUGUUCUUCCUCCUCGCCUGGUACCUGUCCCUGGUGAACCCCGGCCCGUACGGGCAGGCGCUGCCCUGGGGCUUCAUCUUCCAGCGUCAGUACUGGAGCCAGCGGAAGGUGACCCCGGACAUCGAGGUGGAGGAGUUGGAGGAGCCCAUCGCCCAGGACCCGCUCUACUUCGAGGAGGCCCCCAAGAACCUGGACGUCGGCAUCAGGAUCGUCAACGUGUCCAAGGUGUUCAAUAAGAACUUGGUGCUUUCCAAUGUCUCCCUGGACAUCUACAAAGGCGAGAUCACGGUGCUGCUGGGCCACAACGGAGCCGGGAAGACCACGCUCAUGAACAUCAUCACGGGAAUGUUGAGCGCCACUUCGGGCAAGGUGUACGUGGAGGGAAUGGACAGUGUGACGCAGAAGGACGAGGUGCGCCGCCACCUAGGCCUCUGCCCCCAGCACAACCUCUUCUUCCCGGACCUCACAGUUCUGGAGCACAUCAUGUUCUUCACGAUGCUGAAGGGCGUGCCGUACGGCGAGGCGAGCGGCGAUUCGCGGCGGCUGCUGGAGCGGCUGGGGCUGGCGGCGAAGGGCGCGAGCGGCGCGGCGCAGCUCUCGGGCGGCAUGCGGCGGCGGCUGCAGCUGGGCUGCGCCCUGGCGGGACGGGCCUCGCUGCUGGUGCUGGACGAGCCCACCUCCGGCCUGGACGUGGAGACGCGCCGCGGCCUGUGGGACCUGCUGCUGUCCCUCCGUGGCGAGCGCACCGUGCUGCUGACGACGCACUUCAUGGAAGAAGCGGACGCGCUGGGCGACCGCGUGGCAGCGCUGCACGGCGGCCGGCUGCGCUGCCACGCCACGCCCAUGCACCUCAAGCGCGCCCUCGGCUCCGGCUACAGGCUUUCCUUCACCACCAUCGGCGUGCCGAAGGAGGCCGCCAUCACGGGCGUGGUCAGGUCGAAGGUGCCGGACGCCUCGCUGAAGGAGGCCGCCCUCAACUCGAUAUCGUACAACCUGCCGGCGAAGAGCAGCCACAAGUUCCCGGAGCUCUUCAAGGCAUUGGAGUCCAGGAGGUCGGAGCUGGCGGUGGACUCCAUCGGCGUCGGCGUCACCACGCUGGAGGAGGUGUUCCUGAAAUUGUGCAGCGACGUGGACACCACAUUCGCUGCGGACUCCGUGGACGGUGCGCCCGUGGAGUCGCACACCCAUGAGAGACUGAGCGGCGCUCGACUGUACUGGCGUCAGUUCUUGGUACUCCUGAAGAGGCAGGGCAGUUAUAUGCUGUCGAAGAAGUUCUCGAUUUUGAUGCUGCAAGUGGUCAUACCGAUACUCACUCUGGUCGUGUUCACGCGCAACUCCGUAAACGACGAGCGUCCGCCGCGGCGCAACGACUCGGCCCCGAUGGAUCUGGGCCUGUACUCGGACAUGCCGGAGCGGCGUGUGCUGCUCAGCGCUAAUGAGACCCUGGGCAGCCUCAGGAGCCUCCUGGGCCACUACGGCGACGUCCAGCUCGAGAGGACGGACGACGUGGCGACAGCUUUGAUCGCGUAUGGGAAGGAUCAAAUCGAAUACAACAAGUACUUGGUCGGGAUCGAGCUGAACGAUACGGAUGCCAAGGUGUUGUACACAACGCGGGUGCGGCAUGCGGCGCCCGUGGCCCUGAACCUGCUCGCCAACCUGGCGGCGGCACGUGCUAUGUCGCUUCACGGGCCCCACCACUUGUCGCACCAAUUGCCUGCACUCUCCGUAUUGAACCAGCCGCUGAAGGACGCUAGCAAGGAUCUCCGCCGCCUCUCGGGCCUCGUGGAGCCCAAGUCCAUAUUUAUGUGCGCCGUGUGGGCCACCAUAGUGGUGUUCGUGCUGCUCGCGACCAGCAUCAACCUGGUGUCGCUGCCGUGCAGGGAGCGGCGGGCGGGCGCGCGGCACCUGCACGUGCUCGCCGGCUGCCCGCCCGCCCUGCACUGGGCGGCCACGCUGCUCGCGCACGCCGCGCUCUGCACGCUCACGCUGCUGCUGCCCGCCCUGCUGGCCGCCGCCGCCCUCGACACGGACAGCACGCUCUCGCAGCCCGACUUCCUAGGUGCCAUAUUCGUUGUCCUGCUGCUCGGCAGCCUCUCGUUCUUCUCCGUGAUGUACCUGGUGAGCUUUUUCUUCGGCGAGCGAGGGUCAAGCUCAGUGCUCGUCGCCUUCGUUGUCAUUUUCGGGCUGUUCACGACCUCGAUGAAGACCGCCGAGGAGGUGUUCAAAGGGCAGGGCUCGCGCGACGUCACCCACUACGUGUUAGUGGCGUGCGGGCUGGCAACGCCGCCGCACGCGCUCACCAUGGCCGCGCUCAAGGCCGCCAACGUGGCGCGCCUCAACGCCUACUGCCGCCUGAACAAGCACCGGUGCCCGGCGCUGCUCGUGCCCGAGGCGGGCUUCGACGCGGUCGCCUGCUGCGAAUUGGACACUUUGCCACGGUGCUACUUUUGCUUCGACGAUUACGCUCCCGGGGAGUUCAUGCUGAUCCUGUUCUGCCAAUUCAUUGUUUACAUGAGCCUGGUGGUGCUGAUCCAGCACGGGCUGUUCAACCGGCUCGCCGAGCGGCUGUUCAACCGGCGCUACCGGGCCACCGCGCCCCCUCCCCCCGCCGAAUCGGAGAUGGUCCGCGCGGAGGGCACCUACGUCGGCAAGGCCAUCGCCCUGCCGCCGCAACAGAUCCAGGAGGCGAUGCUGGUCAACGACGUGCACAAGAACUACCUAAGGGUGUUCAGCAAAUCCUGUAACGCCGUCAAAGGUGUCAGCUUCUCCGUUAAAAAGGGUGAGUGUUUCGGGUUGUUGGGCGUCAACGGUGCUGGGAAAUCGACCACUUUCAAAAUGCUCACCGCCGAGGAGUAUCCCACGCGUGGGACUAUGUUCGCGAACGGUUAUCACAUGGACGAAAACUGCGGCAAGUACAUGCGCUCCCUGAGCUACUGCCCGCAGUUCUCCGGCCUGGACACCUUCUUGUCCGGCUACGACAACCUGGCUCUGCUGCUGACCCUACGCGGGCUCGGGCCCGACGACGUGAGGAGCGAGACCAAGUCCUGGAUAGACAUCGUCGGGCUGGAGCAGUACGAGCGGCGCGCCGUGUGCCGCUACAGCGGCGGCAUGGCGCGGCGGCUGGCGGCCGGCGCGGCGCUCGCGUGCGCGGCGCCCGUCACGCUGCUCGACGAGCCCACCGCCGGCGUGGACGUGGCGGCGCGCCGCCGCGUCUGGGCGGCGCUGCGCCGCGCGCUCGCCUCGCGCCGCUCCGUGCUCGUCACGUCGCACAGCAUGGACGAGAUGGAGGCGCUGUGUUCGCGCAUCGCGAUAAUGUCGGGCGGGCGGGUGCGCGCGCUGGGCUCGGCGGCCGCGCUAAGGGCCGCGCACGCGUCGGGCCACGCCGUGCUGCUCAAGCUGCGGCACCGCGACGCCCCCCACGCCGACGGUGAGCGACGCCCCCCUUUCGGUUACCGAAGCGACGCCCCCCGCGCCGACGGUGAGCUACGCCCCCCUUUCGGUUACCGAAGCAACGCCCCCCCUGCGCCGACGGUGAGCGACGCCCCCCCUUUCGGUUACCGAAGCGACGCCCCCCGCGCCGACGGUGAGCUACGCCCCCCUUUCGGUUACCGAAGCGACGCCCCCCGCGCCGACGGUGAGCUACGCCCCCCUUUCGGUUACCGAAGCAACGCCCCCCCCGCGCCGACGGUGAGCUACGCCCCCCUUUCGGUUACCGAAGCGACGCCCCCCGCGCCGACGGUGAGCGACGCCCCCCUUUCGGUUACCGAAGCGACGCCCCCG